AUGGCCGCUACCAAUGGCGACUCGAGCGAUAUCGCCGACAACCCGCCUCCGAACGUUAUUAUACCACCCAAAAAUGUGCGCGACGGCAUUGCGAAGACGGCCGACUUCGUUCAUCGUCGCGGCGAGCGCGACGAGGCCGCCCUGGUUACUCGGGUGCGCGAUCAGGGCAAAUCCAAUAUGGCCUUUGUGCUCCCGGAGGACCCUUACAACCCAUACUACACCUGGUAUCUGCAACAGCUGAAGGACGGCAAAGGCCCGUCCGCAGCAACGGCACGCGUGGUUGCAGACACAAAACCUCAAGGGCCACCCGAGCCGCUCAAGUUCCGCUUUUCGGCGCGCAUGCCUCAGAUCAACGCAAAAGAUCUCGAGAUAUUACGACUCACCGCGCUGUACACCGCGCGGGUUGGUGAAAACUGGCUGAAGGAGCUGCGCAACCGCGAGUCGGGCAACGCCCAGUUUGAGUUCUUGCGCCCAACUCACAGCUUCUUUCCCUUCUUUCGCGCGCUCGUCGAGCAGUAUAAAAUACUCCUUGAGGAGGAGCAGACGGUCGAGGCUCGCAUAGAGGAGCUUCAGCGCAACAUACAGAACCGCUUUCAUGUCUUGGACCGCGCAAAGGAGCGCGCCGAGUAUGUAAAAUAUGUGACGCAGCAAAAGCAAAAGGAAGAGAAGAAGGCCGAAGAUGAGAAGAAGGAGUAUGCUGCCAUCGACUGGCACGAAUUCGGUGUCAUCGCAACCGUAUUGUUCGACGAAGGCGACGAUGCGGCAGAUCUGCCACCGCCGACAAAUCUUACUGACCUGCAGUCUGCUUCGUUGGAGCAGAAAGCCAUGGUAUCGCUAUCUGCAAAACGUAUCGAGGAGGCCAUGCCCGACGACGUCGCAUUCUACAAUACCUCCCAGCAACCUGUCAUGCCACCUUCAGCAUACCCAGGUAUGCCUUCCAUGGCGCUGCCAGUUCAACCUGCGUAUGCGCCACCUCCCGCAGUAUCAUACGGCUACCAACAGACUGCAUCGGUGGAUUGGCAGGCAGACGAAGCCAGGCAGGCUCGAGAACAACAAGCAGAGCGCGACCAGGCUGCUCGAGCACAGGCCACAGCAAGAGGCGCACCAGGCACUAUGCGCAUUAGGACAGACUAUGUUCCCCGUGGCAAGAAGGCGAACGUGACCACGGUCCAGUGCCCGAAUUGCAAGCAGAGUUUCCCUUCAGAUGAGAUCGAGGAGCAUAUGCGAAUUGAGCUGCUUGACCCUCGGUGGAAGGAACAGCGAGCAAAGACUGAAGCUCGCUACUCUACCGUUAUUACCCCCAACGAAGCCGCGAACAACUUGAAACGAUUCGCAAGUCAACGUGACGAUAUAUACGACGGUGUUACUGGCAUGCCAAUAACUGAAGAGGAAGCUGCGCGGCGGAAAAAGGCCGCAACGUCCUAUGAUGGACAGCCCGACCCGGCGAAAGACGCAGCAAGGCUCCACCAAAUGCAAUCGAUGAAUGUGCAGGAGCAGCUGCGUCGUAUUCAGGAGAGACACGGUGGUGGUCAAUAA